AUGGCAGAAAACGAUCAAGUUUUACUAUUUUUGGCCCCACUAUCCUUUUUAGGAGUUAUCGUGAACUGGCUAAGUUUCAUCAGUAUUCAUAGACUGAAAGUGUUCAGUCAUUCGUUUGGGUAUUUAUCUUCUAUUCAAGCAUUCGCAGGAGGUUUUCAUUCUACAGUUUUCCUGCUAUACUUUUGUCCCAUGGUGUUGUUAAAUCAACCAUUCCUGAAAGAAUAUUCACAUUUCUGCGGAUUUGUCUUACUUUUCUUCUACGAACUAUCCGUUUCAACUCACUUAUUGGUGUCUAUAAAUCGGCUAUUGGCCGUCUGGUCUCCUUUGUCUUAUAAUAAAAUUUUCACUUUGAAAAACACAAAAAUCAUGGUAAUUUCAUUGUGGUUGUAUAACCUGGUAAACGCCUAUUUGUUCUACAUUAGACUUUGUCAUUUCUACUACAAACCCGACGCUCACUUUCUUACAUUCACAAAUAGCCCGUUAUGCGAUUCAGUUGGUUGGUAUGUAGAUUUUCUGAAGAAUAGUGCCAUUGUAACGAUAUUUAUAAUUCUGGAUAUUAUUACAUUGAUUAAAGUGAAAAGAACUUUCCGGCAUAUCAAACAUCAAGUGAACAGUGCGAAUGCUCUGAAAAUGUCCCGCCGAGAUCGCCGUUUCUUGAAACAAACUGUUAUUCAAGGAUCCGUGUUUUUGAUUGAAAUUCUUUUUUAUUUUUUCAUUCCCCAGAAUUUUGAAGAUCGAUGGAUUGUGUUUUUUGGUACCUCUUUUGCGUGGGUCGCUGUUCCCGUGGCAGAUUUAAUACUGAUCAUUUGUAACCCGGAAAUUAGAAAAUAUAUUUUUAAAAUUUUGUUCCGUCAAUGUAAAUUUUUACGCUUAUCCUGGAAGUUGAUUUUUCAAUAA